AUGGGCGCUGGAUCUGAUAGUGGAAAUUCAACACGACCUCCGUUUCCACCGCUUUGCAACUGUAUUCGUAGCCCUAACGCGUCGCCCUUCAUCCUUAAUGGCAUCCCUCCCUCUUCGUCGGGCGAUUACCAAAAGCAUUGCUUUGCCAUUACAAAAACUUCCAGCUGCACUCCAAAGCUUCAGUGUUGCAAUGGCAGACAAGGCAUUUAUAAAAUUGAGUUCGACGUCGUGUCCUCCUGCAGGCCCUCUCUCCAGCGGGUAACAGUCAACAAUCAGACUUGGGGGUCUUGGGAAUUCAACAGCCAACUCAGCGUCCUGCGUGUAACCAAGUUGUUUCUGAGUCCUGCUGGUGCUCCAGGCACCCAGAUCUGCCUCUUCCUGCAGAAGAGGACGCCCUGCACGUAUCUCUCGGAUUUGUGCAGCGCAGGAGAUGGGAUCUGCAAGUAUGCAAUUUUUAACUGGGACACAGCAGGUGGUAGCACCAACGACUGCUGCCCUGUGCGGGUAACAGCACUGUCACCACCACCGCCGCCGUUUGAGCAGGUAUCAGCCCUCCCACCACCACCACAGCCGUUGCCUCCACCCGCGGCCCCCCCGCCCCCCUCGCUUCCUUCUCCCCCUCCUCCCUCUCCGCUUCCUCCCUCCCCACCACCACCUUCUCCCCUUCCGCCUUCUCCGUUACCACCUCCUCCACCUCCUUCCCCACCACCUCCUUCUCCACCUCCUUCCCCAUCACCGCCCUCUCCUCCACCUCCCAAGUCACAGCUCUUGGUGUAUCCGGAUGUUGUCGCGGUUGAGGCUCCUGAGCGUGGCUAUACCAAGUUAUGCUUUACCGUCGGCACGCUGGACGUCUGCAACUCGCGCUCUCGGUGCUGUCAGUUCGACCUCUACAAGGCCGAGUUUGAGGCCACGCCCGAUUGCAUCGGGUCGCUUUCCUACAUGACCGUGGACGGGGUUCCGCGCUCACGCUUCUUCCAGCUCACCCCCUACCCGGCCAUUAAGGUUAUUAACAUUAACAAGAAGUUUGCGGAUGCGGAGGGCACGGAGAUUUGCCUGGUGCUCAACUCUACAACGUGCGGUACGUUGACCAAGCUGAGCAAGUACAGUGAUGGUACGAUCCCGGUGGCUUUGUUCAACAAGCCCAGUACAUCGAGCGUUGACUGCUGCCCCAUCAGCGUCGCUAAUACAAUGGUAUACUAUUAG